AUGGCAGGAGCUGGCGAGAAAAAAGGAAAGAAGGAUGACAAUGGCAUCGGCACUGCAAUUGAUUUUGUGCUUUCCAAUGCCCGCUUGGUGCUCGGGGUGGGGGGAGCUGCUAUGCUGGGAAUUGCCACAUUGGCAGUUAAGAGGAUGUAUGAUCGCGCAAUCAGUGCCCCAGCAACUCCUUCCCGGUCCAGUCAAUCCGGUAAGCGGAGCUGGGAGGAGCCAAAUUGGUUAGGUUCAUCUACACGGCUUCUCAACAAGGACAUGAAGACCACAGUGAGCCGCAGCCUGCAGACCCUCCCCACCGAGCCGUCUGCAUUUGAGUCUUGUGACGAGUCACUUCGACCAAAGCCCCCAAGCCGCAAGUCCCACGGAGACCUAAAGAAGACCCGUCUGCGGCUAUCACUACAAGAGAAGCUCUUUGUUUAUUAUAAAAAACACGUAGCCAUCCCACCCGGAGAGCAGAGCUGCGCCAAACAGGCUGCCGUGGACAUCUGUGCUGAGCUGCGCAACUUCAUUCACAACAAGUUCCCAGAUAUGCCACUAAAGGACAUGCACCUGAGUGGAAGCCUCUACGACGAUUUGCAGGUGGUGAGAGCUGAUCACAUACAACUGAUGGUGCCCCUCUCUGUGGAGAUGAACUUGUGGUCUUGUGUACCAGGAGAAGAAACCAUUCUCAACCUCCCGGGCUUCUGUCUGCUUCGCCGGGAGAACCUGGAGUAUUUUCCGAGAGGGACUAGCUAUUGGGAUCGUUGUGUAGUCGGUGGCUACCUCUGCCCCAGGACUGUGGUGGCCACGUUUGAGAAAGUGGUAGCUGGCUCCAUCAACUGGCCAGCUAUUGGUAGCAUGCUGGGUUAUGUGAUUCGCCCAGUGGUGCCAUCUGAGAGCCUUAUCUUGGAGGUCCAAUAUGAGGAGGAGAGGAAACUUUUCAUUGACUUUCUGCCGUUGGUGGCUCUCGGGGAGCGAGCAGCAGUUGCCAAAUCUCAUCGGCUUCCUCGUUAUGUAAAUAUGUGGAGGUUGAGUCAGCGAGGAGCAGAAACUGCAGCUCUGAUAGGGCGAGAUCACCAGGACUCAGGUUUUCGCUGUCUCUGCCUGAAAAUCCUGAAGGCAAUAUGUCGUUACAACCCUCCUCUUGCACAUCUCACAGCUUCACACCUUACCAACAUCCUCCUCCACAUGUGCGAGAUGGAAUUAGACUGGUCUCAAGGGGCAUUAGCUGACCGGUUUCUCCAGGCAAUUAAAGAGACAGUCAGUUACCUGGAAAAGGGCGAGCUGCCUUCUGCCUUAGACCCCAAGGUCAACCUGUUUUCUGAACUCACAGCAGAGGAGGUAGACGAGAUGGGCUAUUUUCUGUAUUGCUCCAUAUCUGAGCCUGAGCUGCUACUAAGGACAGGGGAGUAAGGCCUGGUGUGGAAAUGCUAUGAAAAUGUUACAUGAAUAAAAUGGUGUUAACAUCACCCCUGGAAAGAGGGGCCUCUGUCUAGGGAUGAGUCAGGACAAACUAAACUGUGUAUUUCUUGUUAAUGUCCGGAAGGUGCAAUAGUGUGCUAAGGUCGGAAGGGGCAACCCUCCCUGGGGAAAGGUUGGUGUGUACAAAUGUAGCUCACAAAAUGGGGGUCUAAUAGUCGGUACAAAGUGGCAGGCGUGUACUGAUGUCCUUGUGCUAAUAACAUUCUCAGGGCUUUAUCUUUUAGAGUUGUCCCUUGCCUGGUACUUUAAGAGGUGGAAUUACUUACUUGGUUAUAGACAAUGUUAUAUUAAACCCAUUGGCUGCCAGGGGUGAUUUCAGCUCUCCUGGCAACCAAUGGGUUAAUGUAAACGUGGCACAGAGUUAACAUUGUGAUAUCUCCUUGUUACCUAAAUGAAAAACUUUCUGGAAACUCCCAUAGUUUGUAUUCCAUUUUUUUUAACCCUAGCCAGCUCUGGGAUAAGUAGAUACUACCUCCUAUAUCUGAUACUUAUAUACUUUUAUCUAGUAGCAUAUGGUCCUGAGGUUAGUGUGCAUAAAGUCACUUGGAAUUAGCCUUUCCGGUUGGCACCAUUUUAUGUGGAGCAUGGGAUGCACCCAAUAACGUGUUUCUUGGAAAUAAAGAUGCAAUAUUACAUGUGCCACGAGCAGGUUGUUUGCACCUUGGUAUGUUUUAGUUCUGAUGCAUAAGUGUCCACUUGCUGAACGUAGCACAACCUAAACAAAUUCACCCAAAGUGGCCUGUCCUGACUGUUAAUGUGACCAAUGAAUAUUGUGUUUUUGCCCAGAAGGCAUUGGCACUGCCAUGAUACCAGAGGUGAUGUAUGGUAGCCUGGUGUUGGAGUCAGUGCCGGAAUAUGUAAAAUUGCAUUACAAAUCUAUACCCAGUGCAUGUCGAGCCUUCCCUUCUGGUGCGGAGGUGAGCUGUGUCAGGGUAGCGACUACAAUAAGUGUCAGUAAAGUAACACACUGAGGAUUGUGACAAAUAGUGACUUCACGUAACCUUUAUAUGGGACUUUUCCUAAAUCAACUAAAGUGUGUGGCUUGUGAUGUCUGAUAUCCGGGGGUAUUGGUACCUGUAAUGUUACUUGGUUUCUGUGUUGUGCACCAACUCAGUAAGGUGAAUGGUGUUUAUGCUGUCUAUGUCUUGAUAAAACAGCUAGAGAAACCAACACACUGCUGCACUGUUACCAAGUGUUCUACUGUGAUCUGUGCUCAAUGCUGGUUUUACACUGCGACUGUGAGCACCAGUGCAGUUCCACAAUGACAGCACCAGGUGGAGUAGUUGGUACUAAAUACCAAUGGGGACACGCAUCCUUUUUUUUUUACAGACAUUUAGUAGCUGCUGCUAAAUAAUGAAUUUAGUUAUUGCUAAAGUGUUUAACCUAUACAUUUAUUGGUAGAGAAAAAAGUCUCUUGUAAAAGCGCAGCGAAUAUGCAGGUACAAAAAUGCGUGAUCUGUAAAUCUUGGCGUUGUUUUAAACAAUCGGUCUGGUACGCUGCGUAUAAUUUAUAGAUUCCCACAGAAUAGUUUCACAGACAUCAAACUUACUAAGUAUCUUAUGUCUGUAAGCAAUUUGUAAAUUAAAUAUCUCACACAUACACAAGAUUAAUAUGUGAAUCUUACCCCUUGCCCUGCAACACAAUAUGAACUUAUUGGAACUGCAAACGAUCCCCAUGAAAUGUUUGUAAUAUAAAACUUUGCAAUACAGGUAUUUAUUUAGUAUGUUUUUGCUGCAAUAUACAUCUGAAAAUUGUGCUUUUUCCUUUCCCAUAGUAUCUCCAUUAUCAUGCAGAUGUUUUCCUAAUCCUAUAACAUUCUCCACAGGGAUGGUUUUAGAUCAGAGCACAAUCGUAUAUCUGUAACAAACGGUCCAUAACAAAAGGAACAGAAAUGCCACCUGGAUGUUUAAGGUGUAUCUCUGGACCUUGUAAAGUUGCUAAGUGCUUGUUUUGCUAUGAAUUCGGUGUCCUUUUAACCCUUUGAUGGUGUGACAGUGUGCAGUGGGCUCAAGCCUCCUGUAAUUGGCGUAUUUUCUGCUCAGAUUAUUGCAGAGAUAAACAAGUGCUGCGUAAUGAACAAUAAGAUUUCUAGACAUUAUUUAUUGAACACUGCACUACAGUUGUGUCCUAUUACAAAUGUAUUUCCACCCUUUGGUAUUCCGCUUGGUGAUGUUACAUACUAAAUGUGUGCACAUCAGACUGUUCACGUCUCCUUCCCUGCACUCCCCAGCUAGCGAGGGUUUGUCCUUGAAGUAGCCAAAGCACCUCUGUAAUACUUGUCUAGUGUGCCUCCCCAGCUUUUGUGUCCUGUGUAUUACAUAAGAUGUCUUGCCUUGGAAGGUUGUUGUCUGGCCUUAAAGGGACAUUCCAGCCAAAAUUGUUUGGAAUCCACAUGGAUGCAUUUCAUUUUGGAAUAGAAGAAUUUUUAUAAUAUACAUGUAUUGGCAAAAAUGCUUCUGAUAUAUAUAUAUAUAUAAUUUCAAAGAUCUAUUUAAGUGUGCACCAGCAUUUCGAACACUGCACUUGCUCAAGUGCUUGUACCACCUGGUGAUUACUCCAUUUGUUCAUUGCUGAAAUGAUACAAGCCCCGCUGGCUCUAUGAGCAGCUGCAUUAUUUAAAAUGCAGGUGCACUAAGAAUAUCUAGCUAUGGCUCACGUGCAGAGAAAAGAUCACAAACAGUUUUACUAGAAGCAUUUUAGCUAACAUAUGUUUUAUGUAAUUCAUUUAUGUGCAUUUAAAUUUUGACCGGAAUGUCCCUUUAAUUGUGUCUGCCACCCAGAGAGGGCUGCAGAGCUUUUACUAUCGGUCUUCUGGAGUUAAUGUUAAUGUAAUUCCUUUACACCAAUCUGUGCACACAAAUGCAAUAACACAUGGGAACAGACACUGCGAAUCCCUGUAGAUUGAGAGAUGUGUGUAUUAACUCCUUUGCUGCCAGAGUCAGCUGAAUGAUCAGCAAUAUAUGACAGGACGCUCUGGUAGCAAAGAGGGAAAUGAUCCAUGAAAUAGUUAUUUAUCAGUGAAAAUGGGAUGGAAAAAUGUAACCUGCAUGAUUUUUUUUUUUUUUUUUUUUUUAAUUUGAUUUUAAGGAGAGAGUGAUAUAACCAAUAAAUUCUAUUAAAACUA